GCGGAGUGUGAUUGUUACUGUCAGAGAUGAAACAGCAGCUGCAGCUCAGCGUCUUCAUGCUGCUCCUACACGCUUCUCUUGCCGUGUGGCAGCGUAUGACGGUUACAAAAGGAGAAACAGUCCACCUGAUAUGCCCGAUAUCUAACGCUGAGUCAGCAGAUGUGGAGUGGAGGAACCCUAAACAACAGAUCAUGUUCUACAAAAGUGUUAAAGGUGAAAAAACUUCGAAGGACAAACGCUACCGCAUCAGCAAACUGUCCUCAACAGAGUUCAGCAUCAGCAUCUCUAACGUCAACUUUGAGGAUGGAGGCAGGUACACAUGUACUCAGUACGGCACCAAACCAACAGUGAAGGAAGUGGAGCUCACAGUUCGGGGUCGUCCCAGGAUCAGCAUAGCAAAGCAUGAUGGGCAGUUUGUCUUGGAGUGUACCGCUGAGGGGAACCACCGCCCUCCACAGAUUUCCUGGAGAUUUAACAACGGGCCUGAAUUUCAGAUGCACACUGCAGACCGUCAUGAUGGUAAAACAUUCACCUCCAUGCAACAAAUAACCAUGAACCCCUUUAAGAAGACAGUCACGGUGAAAUGCCUGGUCAGACAUCUGCAUUCUCAGCCUCUGAUGACCUUCGUAACGAUUGAACCAAAGACACACUUAUCCCCAUACCACACCAUCACCAGACCCCCCACUGCUCCACCUGUAGAGCCCACAGAGAGCUGGACUACAGCCAGCACGUUCACCACGACGGAUCAAAGAGGGACGACGCCAGACAGCUCAGUCAGGGAAUCAACUUCUUCAAUGACGAGACAAACCAUCACACCUGCAGACUCUCCUCUCAGCCCUACAGAUGAGUCAAGAACAUCAGAAUCAUCCGCAUCAACCAGGGGGAGGAAUGACUCUGACAGUAAUGCUACCAGUCCAACAGGGUGGAUAUCUGUCACCAUGACAACAGAGGAGACCACAUCCUUUAACCAAACAGAGGGAAACAGAACAGUGAGCUUGGACAACCAGGAGAAGCAGGGAGGACAUGUGGGAAGCUCCUCAGUGCUGGUCUUACUGGUGACAAUCCUGAUAGUUGGUCUUUUGGUGGUGGUGAUCUUCUUCACCAUCAAACUGAGGAGAGCGCACAUCGCCUGGAAGCGAGAGAAUGAAGACUCUGACCCCUCAGAGGAGAGCAGCAAAUCGAAAUCAAGCCAGGAAGAGAGGAACGCCCAAGGACAAAGACGCAGAGGGCUCAUCAACACAGCAUUCACCCAGUACGUCGUAGAGGAACCCACAGCCAUCACCUCAGUGGUCAACACGGCCGCCAUCACAGAAGUGGAGAGAGUCACUGAGAAUACUUCUGACCCUCAAACCCCGGGACAAACUUCAGCCAGUAGUGGAAUAAAGGAGACUGAGCUUUAGCUGUCCAUUUAACACUUGAAUGUCAGCAAAGCAUCGCCAUGCUCUCAGACUCUGAGUUAUUUCUCUGUACUGUAACAACAAAAAUAAGGUGCUAACAUUUUGUUUUUAACAUUGUAUAUUUCUGUAAAGUGU